AGGGGUAUUGUUGCCACCUUCUGGCUUUUUUCUUACUCUCGAAAUUCUUCUCGGGCCCCCUUAAGCCCCAUGGCAUUUAUUUUCUGUUGACACAAUGCCUUCUAGUCCCGUGAUCGAAACUGGUUGAUUGAAUUCACGGUAGAUGGGAGAGAGCAUGCUCGUGCUAGCGACAUGUUCUCCGGACUCCCUACGCUCCGUACUCUCGGGAAAUUCCUACACUGCGGUUCCGGCGUCAAUCAUGGUGUGUUCUUCUUGGAGAAUUAUUGUAAUCAUCAUCCUGAGAAUACUCGAGACUCCGUUGACAGGAAUUCGGAUAAAAAGGAAAGCGGGGAUCGAUGGAUGGGAAUUGGGCUUGUGUCCUUGUCGGCCACCGUCGCCUUGGGUUGUUACUUGGCUCGCGAGGAAUUGUUCUCGAAGGAUUUCGACUCUGACUCGUUGGAAUGGGCAUGGCCUAGAAAUUACCUUGGGCUUGUGCCCCGAGUGCAAGCUGCUGAAGACCCGUGCUUCAAGAUAAAAAGCCCUCCCCCUUGUGGCAUCACCACUUGUGAGACGUGCAAGAAGAAACCCAAGUGUGAUCCGUGCCCACCUCCAAAACCGAAAUGCGCUCCUCCGUGCGAUCCGUGUAAUGGGUUGAAGGGUGGCAAUAAACCUGCUGAGAAAGAUAGCGGAUUAAUGUCUUGGGUUGGAUCCAUCUUCUCCGGCGGUUCAGACCCCGGUUGUAAGGAAGAAUCCAAGAAGAAACCAGAGACAUCGUGCCUGUGUGAUAAAAAGAAUAAAGAAGAAUUUGGUCGGAAGAAGGCAUGUCCUCCGCCGUUGCCUCCGUCUCCCCCGUGUCCCUGCAUUGCUGAUUGUUUUGGUGACGAAACAAUCACUGAUGUAUCGGCGAUACGCGAAAAGUGCUACCAGGAAUUGUGCGAGGCGCUUAAAGAUCUUGAAUCUGAGAAGGAAGCUGCGAAGAAAGUUAUUGAGAAGGCGGACGCCCAGUUCGAGACCAGGAAGGACAAAUGCUGCCAAGUUAUGGACGAUGUAGUUCAGCGUGCAAACAAGCUGCGUGGGGACGCCUGUGCGAAGAUCAAGGAAGUGGAAGAAAAGGCCAUACUGCUCCGUGAAGAAGCCAAGAGACGAGUACGUGAAGCUCAAAUGAAAGAGUGCGAAGAACGUGGUAAAAUGGAAGCUCGUAAGCUUGAGCUCAUGAACGAAGCGCUCGAGUUCAAAGUCAACCUUGCUUACAAGUGCAUGAGGGAAGCACUUGACAUGGCUGUCGCAUCUGAGCUUGCACUUGCCAACAUCAUUCGAUGUUACGUGAAGGCAAUCGAAGAUGCGGUUAGGUCCAUUCGUGACCCCUGCGACUUGGAAAACGACUACUUCGCUCAGGUCGCGGAAAUAUUGGAAGCUCGACAAUGCUUGGUUGAGGAAACAAUGAUGAAAAGUGGCUUGUUUCGAGAAGCAGCAGAUACGUAUCGAAAGAUUAUCGAAGACGGCCGAUUGUGUCCUGAAGUCUGUAAUAAUCCUGUUCUGGAGGGAGCCGAGAAGAAAAUUCGGUGCAUGAUCGACGAACUCGACGAGGCUUCGAAUCAUACGAGACUGGUCAUGUGUGAAGUACAAGGGCUUAAAAACUUGAAGGACGCUUUGAGAAGCUCCUGGCAGUUCAUUCUCCCAAUGCUUCAAACGAUCGUUCCCGACGCUGACCCGUGUGAUCCCUGCUCGCCGAUUACCGUAGAACAAAUGAACGUGAUGGUAAUUUAUUUAAUGCAGAAAUAUCUCCGAGCUGCUGUUGAGCUCGAGCAAUGCAAGGCGCAAAUGCCGCCAACGUGCGACGACAAACCGGCUCCGUUGGAUUGCGAAGCGUUGCUGUACGGCAGUAAGCUGUGUCAACCGGAAUGCCGAAACGAAUUGGAAUUACUGGUUCAGAAACGAAUCCUGGAAAUGUUGCGCUCCUGUUGUCCUGCCGAUCCCUGCGUGCAGCCAGAACCUUGCUAGUGUCAAACGCUAGGUUUUCCUGAAACUUUACUUAAAUCGGAAAUUUUUCUUGGACCGUAGCUCAAAAAUGUUUCAAAAGAUGUACCUUCAGCCAGCCGAACCCGAAUCAUAAUGUUCCUUGAACGCCUCCAAAAAAU